GUUAAAAACACAGCAUCCAUGGUGACCCUAAUGAUCCCCCACUCGCUCCUGUGUCGUUUCCAGGGAUGAAUCCAGUGCCAGUGGAAUGGACAGUAGUACCUUGCCAGCGGUAGCAGAAGAGCUUUUGAGAGAGAUCAAAAAGGCUUUUCAGGARACCUCACACGUGCCUGAUGAGCUGCUGCUGGGGCUGAAGUUCAUUUUUGGUCCAUGUGCAGUCCCAGCUCUGGAUUUGGUGGAUCAGCGCUCUGUCACCCGACUCAGGUCCCCAAGUGGAAGGAUUCUCUACCAGGUCCUUGGAAGCUCAGGCAAACUCUACACCUGCUACAGCUCCUGCCACUUCUGCACRUGUCCUGCCUUUGGGUUUUCUGUGCUGCAGAAGAACGAGAGCCUUCUGUGCAAACACAUCCUGGCUGUCUACCUCAGCCGGGCCAUGGGGGCCUGCCAGGAGCUGUCUGUGUCCGAGGAGCAGCUCGCAAACAUCCUCCUGGCUGAGGAAGAGGAUGAAGGAUGAAGGAUUUGGGYCACUCCUGGCUGUGCAGCUGGUGUUUUUACUAUCUACAAGGCUGUCAAAUGCUCAUCGUGGCUGGUUUCCUCCUGUGCUGCAGCCAAGCAUCACAUUAAUUAGCAGCCUGGCACUGAUAAAUUAAUUAAUGAUUGUUAAGARGCCUGUGUUGACUUCAAUUUCAUUUAUUUAGGCUGUUUUGGGAUUUCUGAAGCUGUAAUUGUGAUGUGGGGAUGCAGACAAUCCACAGGUCUCAGUGAUCCACAAAUUACAGAGCUGCUSUGGCACUUUCAGGUGGCAGCUCAGAGCAAAUUCUGAUUCAACAGUGGCAAAGCUGCACCAGGGACAAGGGCAGGGAGCCCUCAGCACYCUGAGGCUGGUGACAGCUCUGUGCUUCACUGUUACAGGAUCUUUGCAAGCAUCAUCCUGGUUGCUGUGCUUUAAAUGGACCAUUUUCAGACACUUUGACCACCUGAAGGCUGUGGUGUCUCCACACCAGCCCCGAGCUGGGAACCAGCUCCUUGCAGCUGUGAUUCCC